UUAAAAACUACCCAUUAAUUCCUUGAGCUUCACGUUCUUCCUGUUUAAAUGUCUGGCCUUGUUUAUCUCUGCGUGUCUUUCCAUCUCUCUCUCUCUGCCUUUUCCCAACUUCACCUCUGAUCCCGUCUCUUUGCACAACGCAUCCGUGCAGGACCGAUGGCUCCAGACGUUCCGUGCACAUGACCAAUCUUCUGAUAGGCGACAAGGCAGAAUUAGGCAUGGUCUGGAAGAGGCGUGUCCUUUUCCAAGGGGCAAGGGACUUUGUUUGACGAAAGGACCUUGGCUUGUCCAAGAAGCCGGAAUGGUGCUUAGAGACCCCCAGACGUUUGCCUUUCGAACGUUUUAGUCUCUUUCCUCCAUCAUGUGUGGCUGAUCUACGGUCCCACAGGAAACAGCUUUGAGCCACAAAACCCAGGGCAACGGGGUAGAGAUUUCACACCGUCCGGAGGUGAAAUGACUUACCGUUUCGCAGAAUCUGAGCUUGCUGAUGGGCUGGCUGCAGUUAUUCCUGAAAAGAGAUGAUCAAUUCUCCGUCUGUGGUGGAAAGAGUGCCAAGUUUUUUGCUGUCAUCCACUGGAUCCAAGCUGUCACGGCUACUUUAAGCAUCAUGGGGUCAAGCUCGAUUAUUGGCUACGCCUUAUUCCAGAACACAGCCAGAUCCCCCGAGGUGCGCCCUCUUUUCUACCUGAGCCUCUCCGAUCUCUUCCUGGGGCUGUGCUGGCUCACGGGGGCCCUUCUCUAUAGCAGAGAAACAUCCCAUCCCACUGGAGAAGGAAGCUCCUGCUACAACUUGCAAGCCACAGGACAGAUCUUCUAUGUUGCCUCUUUUCUAUACACAGUUAAUUACACCUGGCAGCUCUACACAGAUUUGAAAGUGAAAUUUAACCAGCACGUACAUAACCAGAUGCCACAGACGUUGAGCUACACAAAUCACGUUGGCCGAAUAGCAAUAAUUUUCUCUAGUCUCAUCCCGAUCCUCCUCGUGGUCCCGGUUUUGGGACUAGGCAACCACUUUCAAUGUUUCCAGAACCUCACCGUAGAACAUGGGUGCCUCCUGUUGCAUAUGGAAAACAUGCUCGGCGCCCGCUCUCAGCAUGUCACCUGCACUGCAUUGUGCUUGUAUAGCACUGGCGUUUUCCUUGUCUCCUUCGUGGCCAGCUUCCUCGCAAUCCUUAUCUUGCUCAUCCGAGCCAGGACCUUGUACAAGCGGUUUGUGAACUCCACGGGCUACGUUGGCGAUCAACAGUGGGCGAUGCUGAAGGUGGUUGAACAAGGCGUGCUUCUGUACCCGGUGGUAUUUUUCUGCUGCUGGGGGCCAGCCUUUAUCUUUGGAGUAGUCAAGCUGGCCCGUAUGGAUAACACCAGUGUUUCCAUGGCGCUUUAUGUUUUAGAGGCCUUGACAGCAUCUUCCCAGGGAUUCCUGAACUGCGCGGUUUACGGCUGGACCCAGCACAUGUUCCACUGCGUGAAACGCCAGGCUUGCCGUGACGUCGACACCCAGACGCCACUCCUGCGUUCUCAGAAGAGAUUCUACGCCAGCACGCUCCCUGUCCUUCCCCAGACUGUGGCUAAACCCUUCUCUGCUCCUACAACUACGGUCUUAUGAAUGAGAGACUGACCCUUUAAACUCCGCUCUUCCACUCCCAUCGCUCCACGAGGCUUUGAUCGGCCAUGCCGGCUAGGCUUUUUAGAUCCUGCCUUGAGGGAGUCGGAUGGAUGACCCCCCAAAGCCCUUCUGGGUCCACUCGUUCACAGCACCACUGAGAAGUGUGGCAGUCAAAGUAUGGGUCGGCAGCAGCAGGUAUGUUAAAUUAAGGGGGUGGCCUGGAGGAGCCCCCCAAAAGUAGAAGUGUUGCAACUGGACAAGAAGAAACUGAAAGAGCCUGUAUAUUUAAAUAAUGACUAUUUAUUUGAGGGAAACAACAGUUGGAUCAGGUGGAGAGGACUCACUUUUAUACUGUAUAAUGUUUUCCCCGUGAGACAUUUUUCCCAGGAUUUUGCAAAGAAUGGGACACAACAUCACUGAGAUCUUGUGGAAUGUCUGCAGGGCAAUAACACCAGCCUGGGAAUUAUCCUUUUAUUUCAGCACUGCUGGUGGAAUAUUUUACAGCUUCCUGCCAGACAGUAAAGCAAAAAAGCAAGUGCAUGGAUUUCCGUUUCUUUGAUUCCAGAAUUGCUAAAAAGCACACCUUCCUUAUCUUCCUACUGUAUUAAACCUCCCCACCCCACCCCAAAAAAAACCCUGUAGGGAAAUAAUGUCCUCCCGUGAUCCCAAUUUACACCAAUUUCAUGGCCUCCAGAAUACCCCCCCUGAAACUCAUGCCAAAACUCAAAAGGCACAAUUUUGUUUUAUUUUUCAAGGUCCCCUGGAAUAAUUUUCAACCCAUCCUAAGACCCCUCAACCCCCAGUGCAGAGAUUAAUGUGCUAAGUCUUUAUGUGCAGAUGAUCUUAACUAGCAUUAUUAGAAGGUGGAUCUUCUUUUAAUAGCACUUGAGUGGGAAUUCUGGGAGUGUAGUUCAAUACCUUACUGGAGGCUGUUUCAUUGCCCUUUUUUUUUUUUUUUUUACAAAUCGAUUAUUCUUUUUCCUUAAACAUAACGUGCCUUUUUAAAAAAAAAUUUCCUCAAGACUGGCCUCCCACAAUCAGGCCUGCUCUGGAAAAAUCAGAACAGAGUUUCCACUAGCCUGGUUGGAAGGGGAGUAGGGCAUUAAGAUUCAUCAGGGAUGUGAGAUGCCAGGUAAGGGGAGACCCUUCCUCUUUUCUUUUUGAUCUAAAGCUCCUCUAAGCAGACUCUUUUAUUCUGCCACUUUUGAGUUUUCUUUCCCUAAAGUUGGUAUUUCAAGGCUUCAGAAGUCACCAGCUGUGGAAGGUGGCAGGAAGUAUUUCCAAUAUAGGAGAGGGAAAAUUAACUGGGUUUACAUCUUCCCUGAACCACAAGUUUAUCUGUCAUCUUUUCCUCCUCCUAACAUUUUAAAGUUAGUUCUAGUUUCAUUUACAUAAACACUGUUGAGUUGCAACCAAUGUGUAUUUGGCUUGCGGGGGGGGGAGCUUAAAGAUAAAUUUGAGUACUGC